GGAAACGACGCCACCACGAAAAAGGAGCCGGUGGCAGCUGGGUUUCUGCGCAGAUGCUGGGGCUGUAGGCGCCGCGCGGCCGGCUGGUUGCGGCUCGCAGGGAGGACGCCGGCGCUCGCCUUCCCUCCGCUGCCCCCGCCGCUGCCAUGAUUCCGGUAUCGCUGGUGGUGGUGGUGGUGGGCGGCUGGACUGCCGUCUACCUGACCGACUUGGUGUUGAAGUCAUCUGUGUAUUUUAAGCAUUCUUAUGAAGACUGGCUGGAAAACAACGGAUUGAGCAUCUCCCCUUUUCACAUAAGAUGGCAGACUGCUAUUUUCAAUCGUGCGUUUUACAGUUGGGGACGGCGGAAAGCAAGGAUGCUUUACCAGUGGUUCAAUUUUGGAAUGGUGUUUGGUGUAAUUGCUAUGUUCAGCUCUUUUUUUCUUCUGGGGAAAACGCUGAUGCAGACUUUAGGCCAAAUGAUGGCUGACUCUCCCGCUUCUUAUUCUUCCUCCUCUUCUUCCUCCUCUUCCUCUUCCUCCUCUUCCUCUUCUUCCUCCUCCUCUUCAUCCUCUUCCUCUUCCUCACUUCACAACGAACAGGUGCUACAAGUUGUGGUUCCUGGCAUAAAUUUACCCGUCAACCAACUGACCUAUUUCUUCGCUGCAGUCCUCAUUAGUGGUGUUGUACAUGAAAUUGGACAUGGGAUAGCAGCUAUUAGGGAACAAGUUCGAUUUAAUGGCUUUGGGAUUUUUCUCUUCAUUAUUUAUCCUGGAGCAUUUGUUGAUCUGUUCACCACUCAUUUGCAACUUAUAUCACCAGUCCAGCAGCUAAGGAUAUUUUGCGCAGAAAACUCGGAGAUGUACGCAGAUGCUGUGGAGCUGCACCAGAUCCCUGUGGAGACCGUCCCUGUGGAGACCGUCCCUGUGGAGACCGUCCCUGUGGAGACCAUCCCUGUGGAGACUGUCCCUGUGGAGACAAUGGCGGUUGAGGCAGCCAAGGAGUACGAAGACAUCAGCGGCAGCUGUGUCCACGAUGGCCACCACCAUACGUCUCUGCUCGUGCUGCAGCCUCUCAUUAUCAGCACCCCAAACCAAGGGGACUGCAACAAGGAAAUGAUCAUGAUGCAGAUGCAGGAGGAGGUGAUGGGCUACUACCGGUCUGAAGACCUGCAGGUCACCAACCUGGAGAACAAGACGGCCAUCCUGGCCGACGAAAACAACUGCCUCCAGGAGACCCUGGCUCCCUUGUCACCACCCUCCACGUCCUCCUCGGCCUACAGCCACAGCAGGAAGGACAGUGGCCAAGGCACAAAGCCCAGCGAUAAGAAUAGUUACACCGGCGGCAAGGCCACGGCGGCAAGCAGCUCCGAGGUGGGCAGCGAGAAGUGGGAGCAGGAGCAGGUGCACGUCAAAUCCCUGGAAGGCGUGUUCGCCGUCACCACGUGCUCCACGUGCGAUGAGAGAGGCCACGAGACUAGACAGGCUGCUGAGAAACGAACUCUUGGUUAUUCAGAGUACCUGACGGGGAAGAAGCUGCCUCCUGGAGGAAUUCCUGGCCUUGACCUCUCAGAUCCCAAACAAGUGGCAGAAUUUACUAGAAAGAAGCCCCAGAAAACCAAAGAAGAGCCCCCGAAAUCAAUAGCUUGCCCUAGCAAAGGCUGCAUGAAGAUGUUCAGGGAUAAGUCUGCUUUGAGAAAGCAUCUGCACACCCAUGGUCCCAGAGUCCACGUAUGUGCAGAAUGUGGCAAAGCUUUUGUUGAGAGCUCAAAACUGAAACGUCAUCAACUGGUGCAUACGGGAGAGAAGCCCUUUCAGUGCACCUUCGAAGGCUGCGGAAAAAGCUUUUCCCUGGAUUUCAAUUUGCGUACCCAUGUGCGAAUCCAUACCGGAGAGAGGCCCUUCAUAUGCCCCUUCAAUUACUGUAAUAAGACAUUUACUCAGUCAGCUAACCUGAAAACUCAUAUCUUAGCACAUGCUAAGAAUAAAGAUAGACAGUAAAAAGGAGAGAAGAAACUUCUCAGGCUCGGAAAGCAUCUUCCAAUAAUGUGAUGGGAAAUAAAUAUGCCUCUUUUUUGUGUACUGUUUCUAGAAAAGAAUUUUUUUAAUGACUCUAACACGUCUAAGGGUCAGGUUUUGAUAGGUUAGUAAAAGUAAAAUUUAAAAGAUAAAAAAGUAAUUCUUUAUAUAAGAUAACAUUGUUAAGAUGUUCUGUCUUGUUCUGUAAUACGGUUUGAAAAACGUUAUGUUUUUGUAACAUUUGGUCACAAAAGGACAAUUCAUGAAGCUCACAUCAAAAGACUGUUGUUUAUACAACUGUGCUAAAAAUGGGACUUUUCACAUUCUUUUAAAUAUCAAGUUCGUCUAUUUAUGAUUUUAAAGUUAUGGAUUUUCUAAAUGUUCACAUUUAUACUUUUAAGAAUACGUUUAGUAGUUCUAUAUAUGGUUUUUCUGGAAGUAGAUAACGUUGGAGAUUUUCUUUAAAAGAAGGACAGUUACAUGCAUCUAUAAAGUAUUUUCCUGUUUAAAAAAGUUAUAUAGGUUUAGUUUGCCAUCUUAAUUUUGGUUGUAUUCUUUGACAUUAACACAUUUUGCAUAACUACCUUUUAGAUGCACUGGAUUGUGUAGUAUUGAAUAUUGGAUGGGAUGUAGUAGUCGAUGUAAACCUGUUUUAGUCUUUUUAUUUUCCCCCAAAUAGUACCAGGUGCUGUCUUCUAGUGUCAUUUCUUUGCCUGUUUAGUUAAGGAGUGGUGCUCAGUUGUGGAAUAUGUUGUGUGUGUAUUGACUUUUUAAUACUUGGUACAUACAUCCCUUGUAAUAGAAAAAGCAAAAAAUAAAAUA